CCACGCUGCUCUGCUGCUGCUGUGCUGCUUCUUUCGUGCCACCACAACGCCAACGCGACACACAACUUUCCACCCACCGCUUCCUGUCCCCCUCAACCCCUCCACCACGUCGUCUCGGAUGCCAAGCAGUCGAAGCUUCCUCUGGGUCAUCACGACCACCGGUGCCGCUGCUUUUGCAGCCGGCAUCAUCAUGGCCAAGAUCAUGUUCCAGUCGACUGGGCUGGGAAGACGCGAGGCAGCGUCGGACCAGAACAGCCGCCCACAGCACCACCCACGCGACGCAGAUUCAAGGCGGCGCAUCGUGCACAUGACCCCGAGCGUAUUUGAGACGCUCACGCACCAAGACUGCCUUCGCUACCUGGCAGAGGCCGGCAUCCCACAGUCGCUGCUCGACUCUGUGCCGGAGUGCGUGGACGGGGCCAUCAUGAUUGAGUGUGCAACCCCAGACAAGUUCAGCUUCUCCACGGCCGACAAGCUCUUCUGGGUGCAGAUUGAGAACUCGGACGCGUGCAAGCGCAUUGCCGCUGUUCUCGAUGAGAUGAUUGCCGCACAUCCGCACGACCUCCCACCAGAUGCCGCCUCCCCUUCACACCCGACGCCCGCACCACAGCCCGAAACCCCGCACUCGAACUAUACGGUCACGAGCAAUCGCUGCGGCAUGAUGUCGAACGAGCCAUCUGCAUUCAUGCACACGUGGAUUGCCCGCGCCGAAUCGAAUCCACAGCAGCCCAUGAUGGAUAUUGGGUGUGCAUAUGGUGUAGCGACGCUCGGUGCGCUUGAGAAGGGCGCGCGUGUCAUUGCCAUUGAUCUGGAGCCAAACCACCUCGCCAGCGUGCAGACAGCAGCACAGCACCGCAACAUCCCCAAGGCGCGCCUUCGCUGCAUUGAGGGCGGGGUGCCGGAGACGCUCGCUGAGCUGAGGAGCGGCAGCGUGUCGCACGUGCUCGCCGCCAAUGUGUUUCACUUCCUCUCCCCAACCGCCCUCACCCGCACGUUGAAGAGUCUUCACCGCGUCAUGGCGUCGGAGAGUUUCCUCCACAUCCAGGUCGACUCCCCGUUCAUGCGCGGCCUGGGCGCGUUUUAUUACGUCUAUGCAUUGCGCAAAUUCCUCGGGCACCACUUUCCGGGCUACCUUCCCAUUCCGGAAAGUCUUCAACGGCACAUGUUUCCAGACUACCUGCACGUGCGCCGCUACCAGGUGAUGGAUGCGGAUGUACUGCGCGCGGCUGUUGAGCGCGCUGGGUUUGAGAUUGUGCGCGCCGGGUACGAGCCCGUUGAUGACGAGAGCGACAUUCUCGGCAUUUCCCUCGACGGCCGCGAGAGCACCGUCGUUGUCGCCGUCAAGAGAUGAUUGGCAUCAUCACUGCUGGUGCUGCUGCUGUUCGUGGUAGCGCUCAUGAUGGUGUUUUGUGCUGCUGUUGAUGUCUGUGGUGUCCGUGGGGGAUGCUGCCACUGUUGCUGCUGAUGAUGAUGAACGUUGAAGCUGUCGCAUUGGUCGCUUCGCGUGAUCAUGGAUGCACAGCCUGUGCUUCAUCGUCUCAGCAUCCCACCUCCCCCCAAAAACACACACACACACACACCUGAAUGGCCCUGCGUAUUUGUAUUCUCUGUUUGUGUGGUCCCUUAGCUGAAAUGAAAGAUAUGUCCUUGCAUGUGUGCGCCCCUCUUCCUCUGCUUCGCUUCUCGGCCUCCUUCCCCUUAGGCGUGCUUGCAUGCACACGUGGUGAUGACCACCCUUCCCAAUCACUCCCUCUCCCUCGCCUCUGUUUUGUCAUUAUCCCGGUCUGCCCUCGCUGCCAUGGCCAGCAUCAUCAUCAUCAUCAUCAGCAGCAGCAUCAUCAUCAGCAUCAUCACCACCAAGCACCUUUGCCACGUCUUUCCUUCUUGUUGUCUAUUUGCCACCCUUGUCCCGUGUGUAUGCAAGUGCGUGCGUGCGUGCGUGUGUGUGGUUGACCAACCGUACAAACCGCCCACUAUCUACACGUUAGCAAACACGCGAGAACAAAGAUGGGAGACAAAAAACCAAACACAAAG